UCUUGGUGUUGGUUGGAUUAGAAGUUUACCUUUAACCAGGUAGAGAAGGGUGAGGUGACUGGACUGAAAACACAGAAAAGAGAAAAAGGGUGGGAUGAACAUGAAAAAGAUCAAGUUCAUUCAGACUAAAUUUAGCAAGUUAUAUGAAGACAGUUUCAAAUGACCUGUUGACUUUAGUUCAAGUGAACUUAGUUGAUUGAAAUUCAUUUGUCUAUUACCAAUUAAGGUCAGUGUUUGUGUUCGUAACCUUGCCAGGAACAGUAGUCCUCAUGAAUGGAAGUUAAUAUCGUGUCUUCAGAAGAACAGCUGCACAAACCUGUGUGUGUGUGUGUUUAGUUGUAUGUUUCACUCACAGCAGAUUCACAUUCUAUUGUUGUCAUACUGUAUACGGUGUGUUGAUGUGAUAUACAGCGAUGCUGUGUAAUCACAUGAUGUUAUAUUAUGUCAUGUCGUGUCAUGCUGUGAAUUGGCACUGGACACAGCAGUGAUGAGUGAGAUUUAUGUUCCUAAUCCUGUCAGCACAACCAGCAGAAAUCAAAGUUCACCUUUCCACUGAGGACUGAGGGCAUGUGUUUGUAGUACGGGAACAACACCCAGACCUUUGCAACAGCACCACCUGGUGUAUAAUGUAGGGCCCUGUACUGAACAUGAAUAUAGAUGGAAAUUAUAAAAAACGUAUUCAUGUGUUACAUACAGCUGAUGGGACUCCUGCAGCUCAGUAGAUCAUCCUCAUAGACAAACUAUUGUACUGUUUUCCACAACAUCAUUACACCCAUACAGGUCAUUUGUUUCUACUUUUGAUAAAGACAUGGGGGCCACACAGUCGGUACAAGGACCUUUAUGCAUGGAGUUUGCAUGUUCUCCCCGUGUGUUGUUCUCCCCAUAUUUCUGCCCUAAUUCAUGUUUUUGGUGUUUGUCCUUCUAUUGUAGGAUGUCCAGGGUAUUGUGUUGCAAGGUGAAUGUCAAGACAUGUGUUAGAUUUGAAUUAUAUAAAAUAUUUAAUUGCAAAUAAAAAAGCACAAUGUUUGGCUGUGUUUCCAAACACUUGAGAGCAAUUGUUGCUUUUAGACUUUGUCAGAGUUUGACUAAACACUCUGCGGUGGAGAAUGGAUGAAUCAAAACCUUUUAAUAGACUUAAAGUGACUCAAUGGAGUACCUCUGCACCUUUGCCCUUUAAGAAGACAUGAGCAUCAUAAUAGUGACGUGAAAAAAGAACGUGAUUUUCCUUUUCUUCAGGAAGUGGUAUAAGCUCAACCUCAUGGGGGUUGUUUGUGCUCACACUGAAACCACAAACUCUGCCUAUACAAAAACACUGAUGUCAAUGAUGCUAAUGCUCACUAUAGGUGAGAAUGAGCGAGGGGGCCAGUGGAGAGUGCACCAUCUAUGAAGAGCUCACCCAGAAGGACGAGGAGGAAAACACGUCUGACGAUGACGAGUCCAGAGUGUGUGGUGUGUGUGGAGACCAGGCCAGAGGUUUCCACUUCAAUGCCCUGACAUGUGAAGGCUGUAAGGGAUUUUUCAGACGUGCCAUACAGAGGUCAAUGCAGCUCCACUGUCCAUUCAUGAAUAAUUGCGCUAUAACCAAAAACAACCGCAGGUCAUGUCAAGCCUGUCGCUUCAAUAAAUGCCAGUCCAUAGGCAUGCGCAGAGACAUGGUCAUGUCUGAGAGGGAUGUACUCGAGAGGAGGAUGCGCAUCAAGAAGAGAAAGAUGUUUGAUGUCCCAACACAGCUUUCUUCCCAGCAGGAGGAAACCAUUCAGGAGCUUCUCUGUGGCCACCACAGCACAUUUGACUCAGAAUUUUCUCGCUUCAGUGGCUUUAGGCCUAUGGACAGAAUCAUCCUCUCUGUGAGCGAGUACAACCAGCCUACAAGCAAGCCCUUUCAGCCACUGACCAACUGCUCCACAGGCACCUGCACAGAAUCUAGUAAAUCUGCCACAGACCCCAGAACAUCCUCACAUGCCAACUCCUCCUCCUCCUCCUCUGGUCUCUGUGGCUCCUCUGAAGGAGAAAAGGUUGGAAAAAGCAGCGUUUUUACUGCUCUUCCACACAUGGCUGACCUGACCACCUACAUGAUCCAGGACAUCAUUUGUUUCUCCAAAAGUCUUCCGGACUUCCGGUCUUUAACCAUAGAGGAUCAAAUUGCUCUGCUCAAAGGAGCCGCAUUCGAAAUCAUGCAGAUCCGCUUCAACAUGGUGUUCAAUGCAAAAACAAACAUCUGGGAGUGUGGUCAGAUUACAUACUGCAUAGAUGACGGUGUACGAGCGGGUUUCCAGCCACUUCUACUAGAGCCUCUGUUCAGAUUUCAUCAUACACUACGCAGACUGGGGCUGCAGGAAGAAGAGUAUGUUCUCAUGCAAGCCAUGUCCCUGUUCUCUGCAGGUAGCAGCAAGUUUUCAUCAGUUCAUCUCAGGGAUCGUCCAGGUGUGCAGCAGCACAGUGUGAUCGAUAAGCUUCAUGAAAACGUGGCACUGACACUAAAAACCUGGAUUGACUGCAAGAGAACAGGCCCAGAAAAACACUUGCUGUUUCCCAAGGUGGUGGCCUGUCUUACGGAGAUGAGAACAAUGACAGAGGAGUACUGCAAACAGGUUUUGCAGAUCCAGGACAUCCAGCCUGACGAUAUCUCUCCUCUCAUACUGGAGGUGGUCAGUAAAGACUCCUGUAAUGACUUCUGAUACAGCUCAAGCACUCUUGGCUCCUCCUCGCCUAUUCAACAAGGACGUCAAAUUAAAAACCAGCUAGAUUUGCUCCCCGAUAUACAGUAUUCUAUUGUACAGAUGAGUCAGAAAUACCAGAAAUGUACUUGAGUGAAGUCCUGUUGAAAUACAAAGCAUCCUGUCGUCUGCAAACUGCUCACAAGCUGAAGAAACCGAGUUUUAGAGUUUAUUUUUUUUAGCUGUUGUGCAACGCCGACUUUGUCAUCGCUGCUGUUUGUUUAGCUCACACAUUUUACUGAAUGUUGACUUAAAGUUUUGACAUGUUAAUUUCUGAAUGUUGCACAGAACGGCCUGAGAGCUUGAAGUGUGUAUUUUCUCACAUAACGGAAGAAGUAGAAGCAGUUGCAAAGACAAUGUUCUUUUUUUUUGCUUGUUUUUUACAUUUGUUAUGUCUGGUAGUUGUUCGGUUUUCAAACAUGUGAAACAAAACUGCUUCAAUAAAAUCUGAUACAAAUGA